AUGGCAUUCCGCAGCACGGCAGAGGAAAUGGAGAGACUCCAGCUAUCGGACGAUGAUACAGAGGAUCUCUGGAACUCCCCCUCCAAACGUGGAGCUCAAAAGAAGUAUGAUGCCCAAACCCCCGAGAAAAAAAGCACCCCGGAACCUCGAGCUUCCCACGAUGGCGGGGAUCCUCUGUUCGAUUACAAGGAAGCGCGAGAAGCCGCGCUCCAGACAGAAUUGCAGGGUGUGCGGAACAUCAACGAGGUUAUCGAAGGACUGCUAAGCAGCCUUGAUUCUGCAAAGGGAAAUAUGGAGACGGUAUCACGAACGGUCACUUCGGCAUCCACCCUCCUCAACACUUGGACCCGUAUUCUCUCCCAAACCGAGCACAACCAACGUCUGAUCCUAAACCCCAGUUGGCAAGGUGCUACCCAGGAUGUUGCCGAUCUUGAGAACGAAACGAUUCAACGACAGCAAGCGGCGGAGAGACGCGAGCAGUUACUUCAACAACAAAGAGAGGCAGCAGCGCGCAAAGCGCAGGAAGUUGAAGCGAGACGCACACAAGUUACAAGAGGCACUCGUGGUACUCGAGGAAUCACCAGAGCUACCGUCCGAAGCACUGGACUUGGAAGAACCCCGAGCGUUAGUACAUCCCGAACGGCAACCCGAGGCUCCACGGCAACCAGUCGACCAGGCAGUGGAAUCGCGCGAGGAAGUGGAAUUUCACGCGACGAGUCGCCGGAUAUUGAGCGUGCUCUAUCUCCUCCAAAUGAUGGAUACCGUGUGUCGCCAAACCUCCGCUCGCCCCGAGCUUCACUCGAUGCACAUGUCAAUAUGCCCUCCGGUCACAAUUACAAUAGCGGGGGUCUUGCAACCCCAGGACCUUUUGAGACAAGUCUUCCAAUCCGCAUUGAGGUGGAGGCUAUGCUAGCUUACUUGCUUCUGCCCCCGGUCGGAGGCGUCUUGUUGUUGCUUAUUGAGCACAACAGUGAUUACGUGCGAUUCCAUGCUUGGCAAUCAAGCAUGGUAUUUGCUGUGAUGUUUGUUAUUCAUCUCAUCUUUUGCUGGUCAAGCUUCCUUUCAUGGACACUUCUCAUCAUCGAUCUGCUUCUGAUUGCUUUCCUUGCCAUGCAUGCCUAUCAAGAUGUCGACACCUUGGACCACUUCGAGGUUCCUAUCUUCGGUCGACUGGCCAACUCUUUUGUUGAUGAUGAAUGA